UUCCUAACCGUGCGUCACCUCCCCAGGGCCAUCCGCCUGACCAUGCCCCAGCUGGUGCUGCGAGGCUCCUAUGACCUGCAGGACCUGCUCGCCCAGGCCAAGCUGCCCACCCUGCUGGGCACCAAGGCGAACCUGGGCAGAAUCAGUGAUGACGCCGACCUCCGAGUGGGCCAGGUGCUGAACAGUGUCCUGUUUGAGCUCAUGGCGGACGAGGGAGAGCAGCCCACAGAGUCUGUCCAGCAGCCCGCCGGGCCCGUGGCCCUGGAGGUGACCCUGGACAGCCCGUUCCUGUUCGCCGUGCACGAGCGAGAGUCCACCGCCCUGCACUUCCUGGGCCGCGUGGCCAACCCGCUGAGCGCGGCGUGAGCGCGGGCGCUGCCAGGCCGCUGCGUGUGAAACCUGGCACGGCCAGCCGUCUGCCACCACGUCUGCAUCUUUCCUCCCACCGGUCAACGUGGUGUCCUUCCUCGGCACGCACUGGCCGCCCGGGCUGCUGGCUUGUGUCUGGAAAGGGGUCAGGACUGCUGUUCCCUGCAGAGUUCCAACAGACAAGCUUGUCUGACACCAGAACAGGUUCCCUCUUAAAAUGAGAACAGAAAUGGGGUUUUCCAAUUAAAAUAUACACUUUUUCAUUGCCUUGGGUUUAUAUUUAGCUUACUGAACGUAAAACUAUGAGCUUCCUGUAGUUUCCUAAAUACCUUAGCUUUUCUCUCCCAUUUAACUUGUGAUUUUUAAAAAAACGUAUCACGAAAGACACUGCGCCUGAAUUUAUGUUAGAAUAUGACGCCAGGGCUGAUUAUCCCUUGUGGGAGCAAUAAAUGUCUUGCAACAAUAAACCAAAAUA